GUUAUCGAAGUGCCACAAUGAAAGCUUUCGUAUAUUGUUUUGUGACCCUUUUGGCCUGUGCAGCGGCCUACGAAGUAGACCUCUUGACCGAGGAGCAGUGGAAUCGUCUUAUCGAGCGUAAUCCCGCGAAGCCCGAUGAACAUGGCUUGAUACUGAACUCUCAGGCCAAGAAGGCGGUGAAGAAUUUGAUGGAGCAUCUACCCUGUGGUUUUCCCGAGUACGGCAUUCCUCCACUUGCGCCCUACACGAAUGCUGAUCUGAAAAUUCAUUUGGCUCAAUCUGUUGUCGAUGCCCUGGUUCAGUUUCUGCGCUUCCGUUUCGAUGGCCUGGAGAACAUGGAGAUUAAGAAGCUAAAGGUCAGCUACACGUUUAGCAAGAAGGUUCAGUUCCAUUUCAAGUUCAAGGAGCUGAAGAUUAGCUCGCAUAUCCUGAACACCGAUACGCUGAUCGAUCUGCUGCAGGAGUUGGGUCUAUCGGUGCGCUAUGAGGGCACCGGACCGCUGGGCUUCACACUGGAGGAUCUGUCCAUACAGGGCUCCUUCAAGUACAAGAUGCCCCUCAUCUUUGGUUCCAUUAAGAUUUAUAAUUUCGAUUGUGUCGUUGCGCUCGGCGGCGUCACCUCUCACAUUGGCGGCAUUUUGGGCAACGGCAGGUUUAAUGAGAUGGUCAACGAUAUUAUUGAUUAUGAGGUGCCCGCCCUUGUCAAUGGACGCCAGAAGCAGAUCAGCGAUAGAAUCGAAUCCUACUUUGUGCCCUUGGUCAAUGAGCGUCUCAAGGGUCAUAAGGUCUGGUUCCUGUUGAAGCAGCUGGUCAACCUCAACAAGAAGUGCUCACCCACUCCGGCGCCCUGGUUGGCUGUACAGUAAGCAAAAGUAACCAAAGCAACCAAUAAACCAUGUGUACGCCUUCAA